AUGGGACGUAUUUGCAAGAGGGUUCAGUUACCACCAGUACCACCAGUACCACCAGUACCACCAGUACCACCAGUAAUAGUACCAGAUCUCAUGGAGGUGUGGGAGCCGCAGUGGAGGUGUGGGAGCCGCAGUGGAGGUGUGGGAGCCGCAGUGGAGGUGUGGGAGCCGCAGUGGAGGUGUGGGAGCCGCAGGGGAGGUGUGGGAGCCGCAGGGGAGGUGUGGGAGCCGCAGGGGAGGUGUGGGAGCCGCAGGGGAGGUGUGGGAGCCGCAGGGGAGGUGUGGGAGCCGCAGGGGAGGUGUGGGAGCCGCAGGGGAGGUGUGGGAGCCGCAGGGGAGGUGUGGGAGCCGCAGGGGAGGUGUGGGAGCCGCAGGGGAGGUGUGGGAGCCGCAGGGGAGGUGUGGGAGCCGCAGGGGAGGUGUGGGAGCCGCAGGGGAGGUGUGGGAGCCGCAGGGGAGGUGUGGGAGCCGCAGGGGAGGUGUGGGAGCCGCAGGGGAGGUGUGGGAGCCGCAGGGGAGGUGUGGGAGCCGCAGGGGAGGUGUGGGAGCCGCAGGGGAGGUGUGGGAGCCGCAGGGGAGGUGUGGGAGCCGCAGGGGAGGUGUGGGAGCCGCAGGGGAGGUGUGGGAGCCGCAGGGGAGGUGUGGGAGCCGCAGGGGAGGUGUGGGAGCCGCAGGGGAGGUGUGGGAGCCGCAGGGGAGGUGUGGGAGCCGCAGGGGAGGUGUGGGAGCCGCAGGGGAGGUGUGGGAGCCGCAGGGGAGGUGUGGGAGCCGCAGGGGAGGUGUGGGAGCCGCAGGGGAGGUGUGGGAGCCGCAGGGGAGGUGUGGGAGCCGCAGGGGAGGUGUGGGAGCCGCAGGGGAGGUGUGGGAGCCGCAGGGGAGGUGUGGGAGCCGCAGGGGAGGUGUGGGAGCCGCAGGGGAGGUGUGGGAGCCGCAGGGGAGGUGUGGGAGCCGCAGGGGAGGUGUGGGAGCCGCAGGGGAGGUGUGGGAGCCGCAGGGGAGGUGUGGGAGCCGCAGGGGAGGUGUGGGAGCCGCAGGGGAGGUGUGGGAGCCGCAGGGGAGGUGUGGGAGCCGCAGGGGAGGUGUGGGAGCCGCAGGGGAGGUGUGGGAGCCGCAGGGGAGGUGUGGGAGCCGCAGGGGAGGUGUGGGAGCCGCAGGGGAGGUGUGGGAGCCGCAGGGGAGGUGUGGGAGCCGCAGGGGAGGUGUGGGAGCCGCAGGGGAGGUGUGGGAGCCGCAGGGGAGGUGUGGGAGCCGCAGGGGAGGUGUGGGAGCCGCAGGGGAGGUGUGGGAGCCGCAGGGGAGGUGUGGGAGCCGCAGGGGAGGUGUGGGAGCCGCAGGGGAGGUGUGGGAGCCGCAGGGGAGGUGUGGGAGCCGCAGGGGAGGUGUGGGAGCCGCAGGGGAGGUGUGGGAGCCGCAGGGGAGGUGUGGGAGCCGCAGGGGAGGUGUGGGAGCCGCAGGGGAGGUGUGGGAGCCGCAGGGGAGGUGUGGGAGCCGCAGGGGAGGUGUGGGAGCCGCAGGGGAGGUGUGGGAGCCGCAGGGGAGGUGUGGGAGCCGCAGGGGAGGUGUGGGAGCCGCAGGGGAGGUGUGGGAGCCGCAGGGGAGGUGUGGGAGCCGCAGGGGAGGUGUGGGAGCCGCAGGGGAGGUGUGGGAGCCGCAGGGGAGGUGUGGGAGCCGCAGGGGAGGUGUGGGAGCCGCAGGGGAGGUGUGGGAGCCGCAGGGGAGGUGUGGGAGCCGCAGGGGAGGUGUGGGAGCCGCAGGGGAGGUGUGGGAGCCGCAGGGGAGGUGUGGGAGCCGCAGGGGAGGUGUGGGAGCCGCAGGGGAGGUGUGGGAGCCGCAGGGGAGGUGUGGGAGCCGCAGGGGAGGUGUGGGAGCCGCAGGGGAGGUGUGGGAGCCGCAGGGGAGGUGUGGGAGCCGCAGGGGAGGUGUGGGAGCCGCAGGGGAGGUGUGGGAGCCGCAGGGGAGGUGUGGGAGCCGCAGGGGAGGUGUGGGAGCCGCAGGGGAGGUGUGGGAGCCGCAGGGGAGGUGUGGGAGCCGCAGGGGAGCAAAAAAUCACCCAAGCGACACAAGAAGAGACGAUUGUCAGCUGAAGAACAGGACAGGGAUGUGAAGCCGGCGGAAGACAUCGACUCCGUUGACUCGCUCACAAUUGCAACGGACUCCAGUGGCAUCAUUCACCAGAAGGUGCCUGAAGACAAGGAACACUCUCCUAAAUCUGGUGGCCCAGAAAACGAGGCGCACUGCGUCGACUCCCAAAAUGUGGGCUCCUGUGAAAGCGACCAGCCCCCAAUGACAUCACAAUCGUCUCUUGGUGAUUGGGCAGAAGAUAUGGAGGCAGAUGAUGCACAGCAAACAUCGAUAUCUCCACCAGAGCCCAUGGCUGACAUUGAGCCCGGAGGGCUCUGCCACUCAUGGACUCCUAUGGCACAGUAA